CUGCGCGCGAGGAGAGGGUCCGGGAGACGACCAGGGAUGAGGAGGGGCCUCCAUGGGCUUAUUAUGGGCUGCGGAGCUUGACGGCAGCGUCUCCGAGGGGGGUCUCCGCCGCCCCACGGCGACCCCCCCCCCCCACCACGUGCCGACCCCCGGCAGCUUCCAGCAUGGCCGAGCAGAUCCAGAAGAAGCUGCAGAACGAGCUGGAAAAAUACCAGCAGCUCCAGAAAGACCUCAGCAAGUCGGUGACGGCGCGGCAGAAGCUGGAGGCGCAGCUGACGGAGAACAACAUCGUCAAGGAGGAGCUGGAGCUGCUGGAUGCCACCAACACCAUCUUCAAGCUCAUCGGGCCCGUGCUGGUCAAGCAGGACAUGGAAGAAGCCAGAGCCACCGUGAGCAAACGUCUCGACUACAUCACGGGGGAGAUCAAACGCUACGAGCAGCAGAUGCAGGAGCUGGAACGCCGAGCGGAGCAGCAGCGGGAAGCGUUGGCGCGGCUGCAGCAGGACUUCCAGCGGGCUCAGGGCAAGGCGGCUCUCAAGAGCUGAGCGGCGCCGAGCCGCCGCGCGGGAAAAAGAA